AUGCCCGCUGUUUGUGCCGUAGGUGUGCUGACCUUGCCGGCUGUGGCUCGGCCGGUGCCGCCCGUGGCGGGCAGCCCGCUGUCGGACAGGGAGUACCAGCAGUUCUUUGCGAGGCUGCGCCCGCCCUGGCAGGCGAACAUGUUCUGCCUGCUGCGCCAGGCGUACGGCUGCCUCAGCCCCACCAUCCUGCGCCUGGACCGGGACGAGAACCACGGAGAAAUCCCCAAAGGGCCGGUCUGCUCUGAAUUUCCAGAGGUGGUGCAGUUCCAGACCUUCUGCCAGUUCACCCAGUAUCGCUGCCUCAAGCAGCAGUUCUUUGUCAAGCUGCUCUCCACCCCUGCAGCUUUCUGUCGGGCCGCUCCAUCCCCGUGUCUCACCACUCAGAAGCAGGCUUUUCUGUCACCUGCUGAUGCCCUGCUGUAGGACAGUGUGAAGGACCUCCUCAAGUUCUCUCAUGCUCUGCUAGAUGCACCUCUUCAGUUUGUGACAAGGACUGAGAUGACUCCCUCCUCCCCUUCCUCUGUCAGCCUUCUAGCCCUGAAGAACAGUGAGGCAGUGCUGGUCCUGUGCUACGCAGUGCUGGAGGGAAAUUGCCUCUCGUCGAUGCUCACCAUGGCCUGGAAGGAGAUGGAGAAGAGAGUCUUUGGGUUUGGAGACUCGGUGUGUGACAACCUUGGGCGGCACCACAUGGACCUGUGCCCCGACUGUGCUUUCUGCUCGCUGAAGAGGGAGCAGUGCCAGAACAUCCGGACCCUGAACCGCGUUCACUGCGACCUGGGCGGCUUCUCCACCUACAUCAACCCUCAGAUCUCAGCCCAGUACGAGGAUGAAGAGGGCGAGGUACCGAGCGAGCCGUAUACCCUGGAGGACUACGACGUGGGCAUUUUGAGAGGGAUGAGGUUGGAGUACUGGUGCAGCCGGAUGGCCAUCUAUGGCUGUAAGGACCCUGCUGUAUCAUCCUGGCUGAAGGCAGACUAUGAUGCCUUCCAAGACGGGGAUGGCUCAGGAAAGAUCUGUGACUCGAGCGGAGUUCAGCAUCCCAACUACUGCAUGUUCAAGAGCUACCAGUGCCUCCUGAAGAGCAUCUACAACGAGAAGGUGACUCGCGUGGAAUGCAAGCGUAACAAGACCUACCGGGUGCUGAGUGCGAAGGCCGGAGACAAGGAGGUGCAGCUGUGGCAAGAGAAGUUCCUCAGCCUCUCCAAGCAGCAAUCAAAAAAUGAUUAA